ACGUGGGAAGUUAAAUACCGCAGAUAACAGGGAUGCUUCCAGUACACUUCAUAACGACAAAAAGACGAUGAUCAAAGAUAGCAGAUGCCCCAAUAUUUUAUCUGGGAUGAAUCAAGGACAAUGGAUCAAGCGACCUUUGACAUCGCAAGAGCAGAUUCCUCCUUCCUACCAGAGGAACGAUGGGCGGUGCGGGGAUGUGUCAUACGAUCAAUCGCCACAAUUCAGACACAUGUCGUUUAAAGCCAUUUGCAACCCCAAAGGAGAGACGCCUUGUUGUUAUACACACAAAUGUAUCAACGUCAGUGAAACAGACUGUCGAUGCCCGACGUGCUACGAUGAACGGCAAUCAAUCCACGCCGAGUAUGCGCAAUGGAAACCGGAAGACGAUCGUUGUAUGGUUAAAAACUUUACUUCAAUAGAAGCAUGCAGCCUUCUCAACGAAACAACUCUUCAUUUUGUGGGAGAUUCUUUUAUCAGGCAUGUCUUCGCUGCUAUGGUUGUUCUUCUGACUAACAACCCAGAGGGUGCACUGAAGAACACUACUCCCCGGUCAAAUCAUCUCAACACAGCAGCGAAUAUUUCGAGAAAUGCUUCAGAACUUUGUAUCUCACAAGAAAAGAAAAACUAUACGGAUGUUGGACAGUCGACAAAUAUGCCAGAUCCAGUGAGUUCAGAUUUUCCAAAAUCUCAUAUUUUAAAAGCAGAGAAUCUGGAUAUAUCGAAUUCAUCCAGAGUCAGGAGAAAGGCAGAUACUGGCAACUCCUCACUUGCGAUUACUUCUCAAACAUCACCACGAACAACUGUGGACAAAAAGCCGUGGCCUCGACUUCUAUGGAUAGGGGCACAUGCUCCCGGUUUGCUGAAAUCUUCCAAGUUUAGCGAGCAGACGGCGGCAGGUGUGCAGAGCUUCAACAAGAAUGUCUAUAAAGUUCUGAAUGACUUCAGGGUGCCUUACCUGGACACGUUUGAAAUGACCAAGGGGAUUGUUAGCUUUGAUGGGACGCAUUAUGGGUAUGGGAUCAAUAUGUUAAAGGCUAAUAUGUUGUUAACAUACAUUCAACAUGAGCUUUCAAGUGAUCCUGACUGGAGGUGA